AUGGCUCCUCGCGAAUCACCGCGUCCACGAAAACGCCAUCGCCAUCACAAUGACAAAAGGAGGUCGCAGGGUGGGACACCGAGGAGAUCGAGACAUGAAGCAACAUCUUCUCAUACAGAAUCGCAGGCAUUAUCUGCAGAUUCCUUAGCAAAGCUGAACCAACUCAAUCAACGGGAGAGAACAAAACCUCAAGAAGUUACACCGAAGAAAACAAGGCGGAAACGGGAAAGAGAAGUAGUCGAUGAGCAGAUUGUGGUAGAGAGGAGUAGGAAACAACAUAAGAGAAAGAAGCGGAGGGUAGUCAGUGGAGCUCUACUAGAAGAGGGGAACGGAGAGAAGCUGAGAGGAUUGAGAGGUGGAGCCAGGUCAGAAGAGCAGUACCAAGAGGGGGAAAGUCGAAAAAAGAAGUUCUGGAUAAUUGGUGUGGUUGCUUUGGUGGUAUUGAUCAUUAUAAUUGUUGUCGCCGUGGUGGUGAGCAAAAAGAAGAGUGGAGGAAGCUCAAACUCGAGCUCAAAUUCAACAAGCGAAGCCGGUAAACCAUCGAACUCGAAUCUCAACGGAAUUGACGAAUCGAGUAUUCCAGCCGGGGCGAAAGGGACAGAUCUUGACCCGUUUUCUUGGUACGAUACAACAGACUUCAAUGUUACUUAUACAAAUGAGACAGUGGGGGAUCUUCCAAUCAUGGGCUUGAACUCUACUUGGGAUGAUUCGACGACUGCAAAUCCAAAUGUUCCAGCAAUUGGAUCUGCUUGGGGAUCGUACGAAGAUAGGCCAGCGCGAGGGGUGAAUAUUGGAGGAUGGCUUUCCCUGGAACCUUUUAUCACUCCAUCACUCUUCAGCGGCGGUAUUGUUGAUGAAUACACCUUGACUCAAUCGUUAGGAACGAAUGCAAAAGCAACCCUGGAAAAGCAUUACGCUACCUUUGUGAGCGAGCAAACGUUUAAGGAUAUAGCUGAUGCUGGGCUUGAUCAUGUACGAAUACCAUUUUCGUACUGGGCUGUGGUCACCUACGACGGUGAUCCAUAUGUCUACAGGACUUCUUGGAGAUACUUGUUACGGGGCAUUGAGUGGGCGCGAAAAUAUGGACUUCGGAUCAAUUUAGAUGUCCAUGGACUACCUGGAAGCCAGAAUGGAUGGAAUCACAGCGGGCGUUUAGGACCCAUUGGAUGGCUAAAUGGUACAGAUGGCACUCUCAAUGCACAAAGAUCACUCGACCUCCACGACCGACUCUCAAAAUUCUUUGCCCAGGAUCGUUACAAGAACAUUAUCGCCUUCUACGGUUUGUGUAAUGAGCCCAAAAUGACCGCUCUCAAUACCACAGAUGUGUUAGAUUGGACCACCAGCGCUUUCACCACAGUCCGCAACAACGGCAUUGACGCCUAUGUCGUCUUUGGCGACGGCUUCAUGGGCCUCGCUAAUUGGCAGGGCAAAUUACAAGGCAACAGCGGCCUAAUUCUUGAUGUACACCAAUAUGUAAUUUUCAAUGCGGAUCAGAUAGCCUACAACCACAGCAAGAAAGUCACCUAUGUCUGCAGCGACACUGGUGGCGGAUGGAUCCAGCAGUCUGAGCAGAGCAUGAAUGUCGCCACUGGUUUUGGGCCUACCAUCUUCGCCGAAUGGUCGCAAGCCGACACAGACUGCGCACCAAAUUUGAACAACGUUGGCGCCGGCACUCGCUGGGAAGGAGACUACGACAUCGGCGACUCGAGCACCACGGUAUCGUCUCCUGACUGCCCCACCAAGAACUCUCAGUGCUCGUGUGACAGCGCGAACGGGGAUCCAAGUACGUAUAGUGAUACGUACAAGCAGUUCUUACAGAUGUUUGCCGAGGCGCAGAUGGCGAGUUUUGAGAAGGGCUGGGGAUGGUUCUACUGGACUUGGGUUACAGAGGAUGCGACACAGUGGAGUUAUCAGUUGGGUAUGGCAGCUGGUAUACUGCCUAAGAAAGCGUAUGCGCCUGAUUUUAACUGUUCUUCAACCGUCCCGAGUUUUUCGGGCCUGCCGGAGACCUAUUGA